AUGGUUGGUGUUGCUGAAGACUACGCCUUAGGUCUCUUUCGUCGCACUGUUUAUCUGUUUUCUGUAUGCAAUGAACUAUUCUAUGUCGCAGGUGAGGUUACGAAAGUGGAGACAAAGUCAGAGGGAGGCAGCUUUACGAGCAACCGGGGUGCUCUGCUGGAACCGGACGAGGGCGCCGACGUGACUCUGGUGGUUGGCGACUCUGAGCUGCCGGCUCACAGUCGGGUCCUGGCCGCGAGGAGCCCCGUCUUUGCGGCCAUGUUGAGGAACGACAUGCGAGAGGCCCGCAGCCGCCGUAUCGAAGUGGCUGACGUGCGGGAGGCGGUCUUGCGGCAGCUGCUGCUGUUCGUCUACACGGACACGGCUCCGGAGCUCCCGAGUGUAGCGGCCGAGCUGCUGGCUGCCGCCGACAAGUACGACCUGCCCGCACUCAGGGAAAGGUGCGAGCAGCAGGUGGCGCAUGACCUGAGCGUGGAGAACGCCGCAGCUGCUGCGGGCCUGGCCGUGCUGCACCGCUGCGCGGCACUGAGGGGCGCUGCCGUGCAGUUCAUAGCGAGGCACCCUGAGGUGCUGGCCACCGGCGGCUGGGCGCGGCUGCUGGUCCUGACUGAGGAGCAGAAACAGAUACUGGCUGGGAGGCUGAUCAUUGCUGCAUCACAGGGUCAGACCGGCGAAGUGCGGGCACUCCUGGAUGCGGGGUCGCCAGUCAACGCGACAGACGCCAGUGGCGACACUGCCCUGCAUGAAGCAGUGAUAAAUGGCCACGAAGAAACUGUCAAGUGUCUGAUUGAUGCUGGGGCAGAUGUCAACGUCAGAGACUCGGAUGGGAUGACGCCUCUGCACUGGGCUGCAUGUAGAGGUGGCGAGCAGCACAUUGUAUGGAUGCUGCUGGCGGCAUCAGCGUGUGUAGAUGUCCAGGACGAUGCGGGAGAGACUCCACUCCAUGUGGCUGCCAGAUGGGGGUGUGCAUAUGCAGCAAAGGCACUUCUGCUGGCUGGUGCGAGGAGGGACAUAAGGGAUAACAGUGGGCAGACACCUGCGGACGUGGCAGAAGCAGACACGGUACAACUAUUUAGCACUGAACAAAUCUUGUGA